AUUUGUGUACAUGAACUUGAACCGGGAGGAGAGAGCGACUGGUAUAAAAUCGAUAAAAUUCAACAAUACAGAAAUGCAAACUUAUGUGUUGAGGACUGCGACCAUGCUGUUUGAACACUGAGGUACCCGAUCGCGCCAUUGUCAUACACUUGCGUUGUCUCACCCGUGGUCAUUGACGUCGGACAUCCAGGACAUCGAGCAGAUCAGACACCAUGUCAAAGCAUACCUACAAGCUGAUGUACUUCAAUACGACGGGGCGCGCCGAGGCUGCCCGAAUGCUCUUUGCGCUCAAGGGUGUUGAGUACGAGGAUUACAGGUUUAAGGAAGGGGAGUGGCCAGAAAUAAAGAAUGAUAAGAAAGUAUUUCCACUUGGUCAGUGUCCAGUUUUACUCAUUGACGGAAAGCCCUUGCCACAAUGUAAAGCCAUAAUCCGACAUCUCGCCAGGGAGUUUGGUUUUUACGGUGCAAACAAUGCCGAGGCUGCAGAAAUCGACAUCGUUGGCGAAACAGUGGAUGACAUCGUCGCUAAAGGCUUGCCAGCUGCCUUUGAGAAGGAUGCAGAGAAAAAGAAGACAAUGAUUGAGGAUUUCAGGGACAACACUUCUAAGCCGUUUCUUCCUUACCUCAAUGAUAUGAUAGAAAGAGCAGGUGGGAGGUUUUUCGUUGGAAACACGGAAUCAGUAGCUGACGUCACCGUCUAUUGUCUACUGGACUUCAUAUUCUCUAUACUGGACAACGCACGAGAGACGUACCCUGCCUUGGCGAAGUUCCACGACGGUAUUACGGAGAACUCCCGGCUAAGCGAAUACAUCAAAAACCGUCCUCCCGUGCCCGGAAUGUAGACAACACGGGAUAUACGAUUUACGACGGUAUCUCUGGGAACGUUAGUAGCACGGAGGAGAAAUUGCCAAUUCGUCUACUGCCAACUCGUCCACUCACCACAUGGUCUACCUCCAUCUAGUUUA